AUGCCUUUAGGAGAUGACUUGGAUGAUGGUUUGGACUACGAAGUCCAAGUAAGCGAUUCUGAGAAUGCUGUAGAGUUUGAAAACGAGCUGGAAACAGAAUCUCAGAAAAGAAGUCGAACAAACAGCGACGUGGGAGAAACAGGAUCCGAUAGACCCCAGAGCAAGCGUCAGAAAAAACUAGCCAAGUCGAAACUGCACCAGAAAAAAGUGGAGAAGGUCGAGCACGAAAAGGAACAGAAAAAGCAGCUUCCGAAGUCUAGUCCGGAACGUAUUGUCGAGUACUUCGCAACAUUGGUCCGUGAAAGAAAUCCAAAUCUCAGCGCUUUAGAGCUCGAGGAGCAGUAUUUCAAGAAGACAGAUUUUAUCUCUACGGAAAGAUACGAAAAGGACAGAGAGUUGGAUAACUUCCAAGACUUCGUCAACAGCUUCUCCAAGUCUCCACGGGCUGUCGUAUUGUCCGCGUCGAAUAUAAGGGUGGCAGACGUGUUCAGAAGCUUGGGAGGAUCUCAAAAUGCUGUCAAGCUUUUUUCAAAGACUAAAUUGAAAGAUGAUGUUGCCAGAGUUGACCUGUUGUUGAAGGGCUCGAGCGGUGAAGAAACUACCUCGAAUAAAAAGGCUAAAAAAGACAAAAAGAAGCAAAGCUCGAUCAAGUACUUCGUAUCAACUCCAGCCAGAAUGUCGAAGAUUUUAGAGUCUACUGAUGUUUUAUUUGAGGGUAAAGAGAAGCUAGACAUCUUCCUAGAUGCGAGUUACCUGGAUCCAAAAACAAACACUUUAUUCACUAGCGAGGAUUGCACCGCUCUUUUCAAGGUCUUGAGAGACUUUUUGCAAAAUAAGAGUUCCGUCAAAAUACUACUCUUUUGA